AUGCCUGUUUCGGAAGCGUUUGCCAAGUUGUGUGUGAAUGAGAAGCCUCCUGCUGAAUCUGCCGUUGCGGUGAAGUCUUUGGUCUUCAAACCAAAGACUCCAAAGUCCGCCACCCCUGUUCCUAUCGUUGUGGUGGCUUUGCAAUCUACUACUACUCCUUCUGCGUUGAUUGCCAACGCUACGUCCAGUAAGGAUCCAAGAUUGGCUCGCGAUGAUUUGGUCAAGCAAGCGUUCCAAUCUGAAUCCGCUAGAGCUUUUAUCUUGGGGGAUUUGGCUAACGCCACGUCCAAUUUUCACUUGCUAAUUGAUCACGAGUUGGGUACUGUUGACGGUGACACUAUCUUGCAGUUAAACGACAGUACUUAUAUGAAGAAAUCUGACAUGAUGAAAUUUCUAAACAAUUUUGAGGAUAGUCAAAAAGUGGUUGAUUUCUCCCAAGAGGUGUCUAAGGAAACCGCUACAGAAGGCAAGAAACAACAGAAAAAGCAGCAACCUUCUAAGGCAGGCACUGCAGCAGCAGCAGCAGCAGCAGCUUUGGAAGACGCCAAACUUAUUGGUAUCACCGUAGACAAAGCGUUGGAUUUCCCAGGCUGGUACCAACAAAUCUUGACCAAGGGUGAAAUGUUGGACUACUACGAUGUUUCUGGCUGUUACAUCUUAAGACCUCCUUCUUAUGCGAUCUGGGAAAACAUUCAGAAAUGGUUCGACGACAAGAUCAAGGCCAUUGGUGUACAAAAUGCCUAUUUCCCAAUGUUUGUUUCCUCACGUGUGUUGGAAAAGGAAAAGGACCAUGUUGAAGGCUUUGCUCCAGAAGUUGCCUGGGUCACCAGAGCUGGCUCCUCUGAAUUGGAAGAACCAAUCGCCAUUAGACCAACUUCUGAAACUGUCAUGUAUCCUUACUACGCAAAAUGGGUCCAGUCUUACAGAGAUUUACCAUUGAAACUAAACCAAUGGAAUUCUGUGGUUAGAUGGGAAUUCAAGCAUCCUCAGCCCUUUUUAAGAACCAGAGAAUUCUUGUGGCAAGAAGGUCAUACUGCUCACUUGACUGCUAAGGAUGCCGAAGAGGAGGUUUUGCAAAUCUUAGAUUUCUACGCUGGGGUUUACGAAGAGUUAUUAGCUGUUCCAGUGGUUAAGGGUAGAAAGACCGAAAAGGAAAAAUUUGCUGGUGGUGACUUCACCACAACUUGUGAAGGCUAUAUUCCACAAACCGGUCGUGGUAUUCAAGGUGCCACCUCUCACCAUUUGGGCCAAAACUUUUCUAAGAUGUUCAAUUUGUCUGUGGAGAACCCACUAGGUUCUGAUCAUCCAAAGAUCUUUGCGUACCAAAAUUCAUGGGGUUUAUCCACUCGUGUCAUUGGUGUCAUGGUCAUGAUCCACUCUGACAACAAGGGUUUGGUUAUCCCACCAAGAGUGUCCCAAUUCCAAUCCGUUGUCAUUCCAGUGGGCAUCACAAAGAAGACCUCUGAGGAACAGCGUAAACACAUUCAUGAAACAGCCAGAAGUGUGGAAUCCCGUUUGAAAAAGGUUGGCAUUAGAGCCUUUGGUGACUAUAACGAUAAUUACACACCAGGUUGGAAAUUUUCCCAAUACGAGCUAAAGGGUAUUCCAAUCCGUAUUGAAUUAGGUCCUAAGGAUAUUGAAAAAAACCAAGUCGUUGUCGUUCGUAGAAAUGACUCCAAGAAAUACGUCGUUUCUUUCGACGAAUUGGAAGCCCGUAUCCCAGAAAUCUUAGAAGAAAUGCAAGGAGAUUUGUUCAAAAAAGCCAAGGAGCUAUUCGACACCCACAGAGUUAUCGUUAAUGAAUGGAGUGGUUUUGUUCCAGCAUUGAACAAGAAGAACGUUAUCUUAGCACCAUGGUGUGGUGUGAUGGAAUGUGAAGAAGAUAUCAAGGAAUCUUCUGCAAAGAAAGACGAUGGUGAAGAAUUCGAGGAAGAUGACAAGGCACCAAGUAUGGGUGCCAAAUCUUUAUGUAUCCCAUUCGACCAACCUGUAUUGAAUGAAGGUCAAAAAUGUAUCAAGUGUGAACGUAUUGCUGUCAAUUACUGUAUGUUCGGUCGUUCUUAUUAG